GAAGGUAUCGAGUUGAUGGGUCAAGAUGAAAGUGGUAUGGUGACGCUAGCUGAUGCAUUAGACGUAGCACUUGAAGAAGAAGUGUCUGGUGGUGAAGAGGAUGAUCAACCGCCCAUGCUUGAGAAGAGCUUGUUCCAGUUUGAAAAUGAAGUUGGAGUGACAGAAUAUGGAGAUCGCUACGCAACCGUCAUACCAGGCUGUCUCAGCUAUUUGCUGCGUAAAGAAAGAAUUGUAGAGCUGUUGACGGAACCUUCGGAUAUAGAGGCAAUACGUGAACAAGGGUGGAUGUCAAUUAAACCUCCACGACUGCCUCCUCUCGUCGGUACGAAAGCCUGCUUUGCGUUUUAUAUAGAGGGAUCUACUGUGAGCUCAGUGAGAGAACUAUCGAGCGAUGAUCUGAAGCCAUGGACAACUACUGGUAACCCGACCAUCAAACCUAAUGUGAGGAAACACGCUGUCGCAAGAGUGGAUGGCCGAUUCGAACCAUGUAAAGGGGACGGGCGCUCCUCUGAAUUCCACCUAACGGAGUACAGCGCAUGGCUUCCAAGGCUUCUACGCUUGAGAAAAAAGAUUUUCUAUGUCGCUCGGCAAACUGGGCAAAUCGUCGGUAAUGUCCUCAUUUUGUACGACUUCACGAUGCCCGGAGAAAUACCAUCUAUAAUGAACAUUGCUCACGGUAACGAUGCUUUGCGGGAUAUGCAGCAGUUGGAUUUAGGCUUGGAAUUGCCUUUCAUCGAAGGUGUGGUUCCUGGCGUUCGAGGGGAGAAGUUCCUCAGAGUCCAUCCAUCGAAGAUCGGAUGGGUGAACAACAAGACGCUACUGCUGAAGUACUUGAUCAACGAUCCCACUUUCUUAGAUGAAGCAGGGUAUCUCAACACUCAUGUACCUUUUCUUCCACCGAUGAUCGAAGGGCGAGGAGUGUUUGUACAUUUUGCCCCUGCUACAUUGGUUUCCGAUCAUAUUCAUCACACCGGGGAUGGUUUGUCGCCAUGGACAUUCCAGGGUGAGUCCUUAAUAUGUGGUUUGGGGUUGGCUACGUGUUCAAAAAGUUUGGCACUGGUUGAGACAAUAACUGUGCUGGCUAGAUGCCCACGGCUGAGGAAAAGGGUUGUUUUCAUCCAACGUAACAACCGUAUGGUGUUGGGAAUUGUCUGCUUCAUGUACGAGUAUAUACGAGAAGGCCCGCUACCAGAAAUCCUGCGGGAUAAUUCGAUAACUGUACCUGGACCUCCAAUAACAGUUAUUGAUAAGUCACAUUCAACCGACAUCCAAGGAAAUGGCGGAGUUGGUGACGAUUUUGUCGACGUUGAAGAGAUUGUGGAGUAUGAAGAAAUGCAUGAGGAUUGCCUGGAUGGAGGUUGGGACGGAGACUUCGAUGAAGAUCUCUUGGCAUCACAAGAAAACAGUGAUCCGGUAUUUAUCGAUGGUGUGCGGGAAUUGGAAAGUGGGCACGUGUAUCUGACGGUAAGGCACAAGAGGUUGGCAGGAAGCUUGGAUACAAUUCUGCAGUACAUUGCCAACACGAAUUUCGUUGAAAAUCAUGAUAUUUUGAACAACACGAAACCACAGCAUCCUCCCCUCGUGCGUAACGCUCGGGCCUAUGCGUUUUUUGUAGCCGGCAAUAUCGUUUAUCCCCACGACAUCAACAGAGACGAUUUUUCUCCGUGGUCCGGGAACGGAACACCCGAAAAUCCAACCUGUUAUCGUACAAAGGUGCGGAAAUUCCCAGUUGAAACGGAUGAGGUUACUGGUUUGUUUCGAAUUGGCCAUGGAGAUUAUCGAAGCAGCCCAUAUCACCUUGUGCAUUUAUACAGCAUUCACCCCAAGGAGACCAGACUCAGAAAAAAGAUAGCCUAUCUGAUGGAAACAGAAUCACGGACGAUUAUCAGUCAUGUUAUGAUCAUGUAUGAUUAUCAUACCGAAGGUCCGGUACCUCGCAUUCGAGGUCCAUACUCCAAGCGUUUCAUGCGGCAGAAACCACGACGGCCCAUGGUGCAUGACGUCUCCGAUGUAUCAGAAUCGGACAAAGAAAGUCCAGUAAGCCCACAACAGGCAGAGGAUGGCUCCAUCUUUUUGGAUCUUUCUGAUAUGGAGUUUUUGAAUGAUCGCAAUCGCCAGCUACACUACCUCAUUAACAAACCUCGUCUUGUUGAAAAUUUGGGUUGCCUGAACACCAGGGUCCCUAUGUUUCCGCCUAUGACAACUUCCAGAGGGACCUUUAUAUUCUUCAUUGAUGGCGGCGAGGUCGAUAUUAGAAACUUGACAUGUGAUGCAUUAUCGCCAUGGUCAGAGAGCUUACAAAUGAGUGAUGAAAUUCAUCUAUUGUAUUCUCGAAUGCGCAAGAUCUCACUGGGUUUGAAUCGUGAAGGGCAACUUCGUGUCAUGAAAAUGUCGCGAUCACAAGGCACUGACUAUCAAAUGCACAUUUAUGCGGCUACAUUGCCACGGUUACCACGCUUGAAAAAGAGAGUAAUCUACUUAACUAAAGGGGGUAUGCAGAUCGGGCAUUCGAUGAUUGUGUAUUGGUACACUGAAGAAGGAGCUCUUCCAACACAGGUACUGUUUCAUCACCAGAAUUAUGUGUUGCUACGGUUCUUUCAUGUAUAUACACUAUUUGUCGUCAGGUUCCACAUGGAAACAGCAUCACUUCUGAAGCGCCGUCGGAUCGCCUGUUCGAAAGGUUCUUUGCUUUUUCAUAGAUCCAUUAUCUGGAAGAACGAUUGUUGCAUAGGAAAGUCAUUCUUAAUUCUUCAUCAGUCUACUAUUCAGAUGAAUCCGAUGCGUCUCGCGAACAUACCCGCCGGUAGUGGGCAUGCAUUACGUGAAGAUGCUGUCUGGAGGUAUGCUAGGGAGGCAUUCGACGCGGGAAGCAAUGAAGCAGUUUUUGACGCUUUGUGGAGGUUGCUUCUCGAGAAAAAUGAGCCGCGAUUGCUCCAGAACAUUAAAUCGGUUAAAAUUGUUGACGAAGAAAUGAUUCCGGAAGGUGCUACUAUAGAAAAUGUGGAAAUCGUCGAAGAAAGCGUGGUCGUCGGAGAGCAUCCCCCUGCCAUCCAGGAUGAAGCGCAGGAAGGGCAGAAGGAGGCCAUGCCGAAAGAUGCGGUUGGAGCGAUCCAUAUAGGUGAGGAGGUUGAGAUUCAGUCUGUGGAAACUGUAAAAACCGAGCGGUAG